AGGUUCCCGGCUCAAGGAAGCGAGGAGGCCCAAGGCUCCGCGAACGUUCAUUUUCUCCUGCCUGGGGAACCUCCGCGAAGGUGAACGUUGAGCUAGCGUGUUGUUUUGCUCUGCUUACGCAACUGCCCAUCUCCCUUUACAUCCUGCUUGUCAUUGUUGGUCUCUCAUAUCCAUUUCUCGUUGCGGCUUGGUGGUGGCCAUUUGUAUACGCUGACUUGUUCCUCACUGCCUAGAGUGGUGCUCGUAAGUCUCUGUUCUUUCAGAUCUGCCUUGAGUGGAUUGCAUAUGGUUCAAUUUGCAGUAUUUCAUUGUUGUGAUCUCUCAGGUGUCCUCACACAUCUUCCUUCAGUUUUCUGCCAUAUACCUAUCAUUUGUGGUCUUGUUUGUGCCAGAUGCCUCAUGUGCGGAGUCUCGCAUCCAGGUGUUUGCGUCGGGCUCGGGCUUGCCAACUUGGAUGGGUUCGACCGAAUUGUCCUCUUCCGUUGGUGCUCGAAGGCGUAGUCGCCCGUGACACGGUCUUGCAUGCAGAGUUGGAUGCUCAGGCUAAUAAGUUGUUGACAGCAUUACUCCAUCCCUCUGAUAGCUGCCCGAAAGUUGAUUCCGUUGCACUUCGCGGUUUUUCUUCUGCUAUUGAUGCUGGGGUCCAGGUUGACGAGGUCGAAUAUCCUUCUCAAAGCAUUCGGGUAUUGUCAAGUGAUGCUGGUGUCCAGGUUGACGAAGUGCACUGUCCCUUUCAGAGCAUUCGGGUGUCCUCAAUUGAUGCUGAGGUCCAAGUGCAUUCUCAAAGCAUUCGAGUGUCUUCAAUGGGUGCCGGCGUGCAAACUCAGUUCACUUGCGAGGACGCCUGUGUGCAAACUCAGUUCACUUCAAUGGAUGCUGGCGUGCAUACUCAGUUCACUUUGAAGGACGCCUGUGUGCAAACUCAGCUCACUUUCCAGGACGCCGUCAAAACAUGGAUUGACAGCACUGCCCAGAAGGGGUUCACUGGCCAGAUUGCGCUGCAGUAUUUAAUCCAGGGGCUUGAAUUAUUCGUAGACCUCAUGACAGAGCCAAUGACCAUCCCAAAACAUCAUGUAUCAUUUUGGUUCCAUACUUUGUUCAACCUCACGGAUCAUGUUCAGUCGUUUCUGGGAGAACUUUUGGGUUGUCUCAAAUCUCACCGUUUCGUGACGGGGAAAAUGGACCGUGCCGAGGAGGCCAGGUUUAAAGCUCCAGGGUACAUUGUCGAUUGUUUCAGUUUUGUUCCAGACGGACUCUUCGAGAGUGCCAGUCGCGCAGACCCGCGGAGACUCGCAGCAGACACCCGGAGACUACAGCAAAUGUGGGAGCCCCAAGAGCUCAGAAUUACGUCGCCACGUGGACGAAUCGCCUUUCCGUCGGGGUCGUCGUCUGUCCGUGUCGCUUCGGAUGUGAUAGCCAAGACUGGACAUCAAAAGUUGGUUCCCGAAUCUUCCCAAAGCAUUCGAGUUUCUCCCGAUAACGGUGGGAGCUCUAGAGGUAGCCGCAAAGGCAGAGGCAAAGGCAAACGAUAGGGCAGCUUUGAACAUGAUUGUCUGCAUGCGUUACCUCUCUGUGUAUUGUACGCUGUAUUCUAUUGGAUUGUUGAUUGUGAUUGCCUCGCGUGGUCUUUUCAUUUUUGUUUGUGAUUGCCUCGUGUGGUCAUUCUGUGCAUUGUUUGAGCUCUAAUAAUUUAGUGUGUGCAUGUUCGGUUCUUGGCCAGGUCUCCUGGCUCUCUUGUCGUAGUUUUAGUUUCGCCUCUUCAGUGUUCUCACUGUUGUAGGGUUGUACGAGCCUUCAGCGGCGGAGCGCGUCUGCGAGGUUCUCCCACAGGUUGUGCGAACGUCUUUGGUCAUGCAUGUUUCUGUUUCUCUAUAAGAGCGGACUGCUUGCUUGACAAUUUUGAGGUUUCGCUUCGCCUGGGACUUCGUUGGGCCUGGCCUCAGUGGCCAAGAUGGUCCCAGCAAAGACGCAAAACAAUCUGGUUGAGGUUCCGAGCUCUACGAGGUUCCCGGCGGUGACCAGGUUGCUGCUGUCCCUCCUCGGGGAUCUCAGCGGUGGCCUGGCCCGUCGGGGGCUUCCUCAAGCCUGUCUCCUCAGGCUGCCCCCUGGGCGGCCGUGUGCGCGCGGGCGGGUCGUGCAAUAGAUUCGGGUACUUCGUCGGCUGCGACGACCUUCUCUCCUUGGGCCUACAGAUGAUAGGUGCUGGAGGCCAGCUCUGUUUGGCAUCAGAAGUGGGACUGACUUCAACGCAUAGGCCGCUGUCGUCGCUUUGCACUUGUUUGUACUGCCUGCUUGCGCUUUCUCCAUUGUUGCUCUUGCACACGUGUGUAUUCUUUGACAUUGAGGUACUUUGACAGUUCUGUGACAUUGGAGUAUCUUGAGAUUGAGGUUCUCUGCAUUGUAUCGGCGUGCCUGUUUUCAUUCUUUCUUUCUUUGAAUCGUAUCGAUCAGAAUCCAAGAUACUUGAGUGCGUUAUCCGACACUCAGUUAUGCAGGUGAUUCAAGAUACCGAGUGCGUUAUCAUACAUUCAGUUAUCCGAGAGUUACUUCUUGAGUGCGUUAUCAGACAUUCAGUUAUCACACAUUUGACGUGAGCAUACGACUCUUGUCUUACCGCGGGUCGUUACGACAUAUUUCGGACUUUGUGUUUGCGUUGACUCUUGCCAUGCUGUGUGUGUGUCGGACAUGCGCGCAUGUGGGUAUAAGAGCUCCGCGUGAUCUUCACUUUGUUCGGAAUAAGAGUUUUGCAUGUGCCCACUCCCGCUCAAAGAGUGGUGGGUGUCUUGCCUGACUCUGUGCACAGUCGACCGCAAAUUCGUUGUGUUUCACGAGCAUGGUCUUUCAGUGGUGCUGAGACGGUAAUCGCUAUAUGUGGUUACUGCAUGGUCUCGCAUUACUUUGAAGUGUACUCGUCAUUUUAGUUGUUAGUUUUGUGUUUGUCUCAGUGGUGUUGAGACGGUAAUCGCUAUAUAAACCAGUGGUUACUGCAUGGUCUCUCACUGCUUCUAUUCUCAGUGGUGCUGAGACGGUAAUCGCUAUAUGUGGUUACUGCAUGGUCUCGCAUUGCUUUCACUCCCUCUUUAUAUUUUAGUUGUAUUCUCGUGUAUUGGCAGUCUUGUGCAUAUCUGUACAGCUUCGCUGUUUGAUGCACCUCUGCUUCAAUCUUUGCAGCUUCGCUGUCUUCCUGAACAGCUUCGCUGUUUAGGUUCUUUGUGUUUAGGCCUGCUCCCAUGGGAGCUCAAACCGGCCUUCGCAAAAGACGCAAAAAAGACCAGGUUGAUUCGCAACAAGGGGGUCCUCAGAGUUCUACUUCCAGGAGUGCAUUGACGCGGAGCGGCAAGAAGCAUCGGAAACAGCACAGAUGAUGCACAUGUGAUUGAUCCUGCACGCUUGAUUUGUCAUUGCGUUGCCUUUCUUCAUGCCUGUGUGUGUUGUCGUGCAUGCGCGUGUGUUGAAUAAGAGCUUCGCUUGAUCCCUCAAAGUAGGUCAUUCGUUGCUUCCUUGAUUUGAGUGCUCAUUGACCUUUGAACGUGACUUUCCGUGAUUUGUCACGUGGUGCCUCAAAGUAGGCCUUUGAUUUAGUCGACACUACACUGCUUUUAUUUUCAGUGGUGCUGAGACGGUAAUCGUUAUAUGUGGUUACUGCAUGGUCUCGCACUGCUUUGCUUCCCUCUUUCUAUUUUUAUUUGUCUUCUCGUGUAUUGGCAGUCUUGUGCAUAUCUGUACAGCUUCGCUGUUUGCUGCACCUCUGCUUUAAUCUUUGCAGCUUCGCUGUCUUCCUGUACAGCUUCGCUGUUUAGGUUCUUUGUGUUUAGGCUUGCUCCCAUGGGAGCUCGAACCGGCCUUCGCAAAAGACGCAAAAUACCAGGUUGCUGCUGUCCCUCCUCGCCGUCGGAGGCCUCCUCGAGCGGCAUUGUGCCGUGCCUGGUGUUUGGUUCUCUUUACCGUACACGGUGCUUCAGUGUCUGUUUUGCCUGAGUACCGUACACUCUCAUUGAUUGUCGAAGGCCUGUCCGCGCCCAUUGUCGUCGGAGUGCGUAUUAUUGUUGAGAUUGUCGGAGUAUCGUUGGAACAGCAUUUUCCUUGGUUAUCUCAACUGUGCAUCUAGUUAUUGCUUGUGAUUUGCCUUCUUCUUGUUGAGCGAGUCCACGUAUUAUAAAUGGAGUUUGUUGCAUCUGAAUUGUCAGGCGCGGAUUUUGUUGCUUCAGAUUGGACAGAUACGGCGUUGUUUACUUCUGAGUUUCUCGCUUGUUUGUCUUGCUCGUUUGUCUACGGUCGAAGUGUGUGUGUUAGUGAUCUAUAUUGCCGUGUUCGCCCUUCGUACGGAGGUGAGUUUCGCCUGCAUGAGCGAGACCAGCUGUAUGGGCAUGGUGUCAAAGUUUCUCAAUCGAAGUUGCGCCGCCUGCGGGCGACACGUGUCAGGUAUCGUUUGUGGUCCACGGCUCGGGGGCCAGAUCCGUCGUGCCUUGUUCGCGCGGGCAUUUGCGCGCCCAGAUAUUAUCGGAAUUUCUGCUCGGACGAUUCUGAGGAAGAGGAGUGGGUUGAGGACACUUGUGGAACACAGACUGAUAUGGAUGCUGUUGAAUUGGCUGGCAACUCUUUGUGUUCGCAGUGUUCCGAUUGUGGGACUCAGACAUAUCCCUGUGUUCACAUUGCGUGUGGGACUCAGACUGAUCUUUGUGUUCUCUUUGUUGGUGAGGAGGAGAAGGAGGAGUGUCAUCGAGUGCGCGCUGAUCAGGGUGAUGCUUCUGCAGUUGGGAGUUCCAGGGCAGUCGGGAGUUCCACUGUUCGGAGUGCAAUAGGAAGUUCCACAGUUUGGAGUUCCGCUGAUGCAGUUGUUGAUGCAGUUGGGAGUUCAACAGCUGGGAGUUCUGCAGUUGGGAGUAUUGGAGUUCAGCUGAUGCUGUGGCAUCGAACCCUGGCUCCAAGGACGAGGAGGAGGAGAAUGUUCAUAGUGAAGCAGUUGCUAAGAUCGAGCAGGAGGAGGUGGCUGAGGAGGAUUUUGUUCAUGCGUUUUCCCUGGCUUAUAGCGAUAGUAACGAGAGCACUCGCGUGUACCUGGAGAAGGCGCUAAAUCUUCGUAUCAGAAAAUACAGAUUUGUACGGACGACUGCUACGGACGACGUCGUGUCAACGGUGCAUGUGCCAGAUGUCCUUUCUGAAUUUCGAGCUUGCGAUGAGGACGAACGGGACUGUUGGAUUUGGGAUGCGUUCCAAAUCUUCAGGGAUCACGAUUCAAUCGGAGCCGUCUUACAGGACCUUCAGCAGGUUAUGGACAGUGCGACCCGGCCGUCUGCUCUUGUGAAAGAGGCGAAAUACCUUUAUGACAGCUUUAUGGAAUUAUUUGAAUUGAUGACCAGCGGAGAGCUUGAUGGAACUAUCUGAACUGAAUGCACAUGCUUCUGUUCUGUUUGUCCCUUCCUCUCCCCCGCUGUUUCUGCCCCUUCUCCACCUUUAUCCAUUCUAUCCAUGCUGUUGGUUUGCAUGAUCAUGACGUUGCCAGGUCCGCCUGGCACCCCCUCUGUCAGUAGUAUUAGUUUCGCCUCUUCAGUGUUCUCACUGUUGUAGGGUUGUCUGUGACAGAUGCUGAGUUAUCUGCGGCGGAGCGUUUAUGUGUUGUGCUCCCACAGGCUUUGAUUCGCCUGAGACUUGUUGGACCUGGCCUCAGUGGCCAAGACGGUCCCAGCAAAGACGCAAAAAAUCUGGUUGACGGUUUACCGCCGGUUCCAAGUUCCGGCGCGCUGGAGAGCUAGUUGGCAAGAAAGAUCUCGACGGACCUCUUGCUGACUUUUGGUCGGUUGAAAAUUUUGUUCUCCAAAUUCAACCAUUCGUUAGAGCACUAGUAUUUUUUCCCAUCAUAUUCGGUGUCUGGAGGGUGCUUAAUCGUACAUAUCAAGAUAGGAUCAACAGAUUGAUAAAUCAACACGACAACAUGUGUCAGAGGUUUGGAAUUUGGCCUGCUGCUCAUGGGAGGGAAAUUGUCGACCACACAUAUAGGGAAUGGAACACGCGUGCAGAUGUACUCACUCAUACGGCCCGUGUCGGGCCACCAGCCACCAGUGAUUCGGGAUAGGAUUGGGCUUUACGCCCCUCAGUUAGAUCAGGUUUUUCGCGUUUGUGCCAUCAGAGCCGGAUUCGAUGGUGGCGUUUCUUGCGACGGCGUGGGAGUUGGGUGCUGGAUAGAUGUUGGACGGAUAUCGAGGCUCUCAAGGCAGCCACUCAGUCAUGAGAUUAUCUGGACGGAGGUGUAUAGUGCGGCGUUCUCGAUUGAUCCAACUUCAACAGUGACAGAUGCCGAGAUCUCGGCCGUUGAGCAUACGAUUAUGAUCUUGCCGCGGGUUGUACAUGCGUAUUUCGGACAGGAUAUGAUGUGAAUAAGUGAUUGUGCUCACUCACGCCUUGCCUGUGUGUGUGUGUCGUGUGUGUGUGUGUGCUUGACCUCACAUCCUCCUAAUAAGAGCUGGCUCUCGCCUCUGAUCGUUUGGAUCGGUGAGGCUUCCGCCUGCUCCCGAUACGCCAGCCUCUUGCUCCGACUAGGCUGGAAAGCCUGCACAGUCGACCGCAAAGUCCGCAAA